UUCUUUUUUACAGUAAUGCGGGGUGUUGAUUUCAUGAGAGAAAUGCGGUUCUAUCCUUCUGUGACCUCUGCCCGCGCCCAGGAACCCCUUGCCCCCAGUGGCACUAUCUGCUCACCCCACUUGCUUGAUGGCAUCCGAGGGGACAAAGGUGGCAUUUACGAGCCGAAUGCGCUGAGAAAGUCCAAAGGCUUUCCCCACUUCCUCCUCGAGUCUGCCGGGUGCCACCCCUCCUCCUCCCCCCCCCACCCGGCGUAUAAGGCUGCCUCUUGCCCCACACAGCCCCAUUUCGGCAUAGCCAUGUGCACGGGGGCCUGUUCCCGUGUGCUGGGGGCCGCCCUCUGGCCUUUCGCUCUCCUGUGCAUUGUGUGCAACAUCAUCCUUGCCUUCCCGGACUGGAAGACCCAGUAUGUCCACCACUGGGGAGAAUACCUGACCCCCGAAAUCCUCUACCUGGGGGGGAUCAUCGGAGGGGGCGUCAUGGUAAGCAAGAGGGAGCUGCUAUUGGCCGUAAUAGGAACCCUGUACGGUCUUUGCAACAGGAGGAAUAAUCUGGCAGAGGAGACUUGGGGGGGGGGGGCUAUGCAGAAACCCGGCUCUUACUCUCCUCCUCCCCCCCUCUUCAACUCUCUGGGACACAAGGAUCCUGGGCAGUUUCUCCUCCUGGGCUGUUUUCAUUUUGCUUGCAAGCUGCUUUGA